AUGGUUGUUAUUGCGAGCUCUUUGGGCUUGAUGCCUUUCACGAUCGGAUCUGUCGGGAUUUUGCCGGCCAUGGAGUUCCUCACCAACGAAUCGGAAAAUGGCCCCUUCCGACUUGACUGGUCUCAACUUUGUGUUUGGUCCAUUGGUGUCAGUAUCCUGGGUGUUGCCGUGACCCUACCACUGCGAAAACGGUUUCUUGUCCAAGAGCCUUUGCCAUUCCCAUUUGGAACGUCGUCGGCGGCUAUGAUAGGAUCAUUACACCGGGAUACUGACAUUGCGGAUCGAAUUCUCCGCGCUCAGAAUGAUUUGGAUAGCACUAACGACAAGCAAAAGCCAUCACUUGUAGAAGACUCAGUUGAUACUGACGAUAGCCUUGUGCAACAUGGUUGGAGCCAGAAUAACAAACUCAUUCUCAUCACAUUCUUGUUUGCGGCACUUUACUCCCUCACUGCAUAUUUCAUCCCUCAAAUACGUACCGUAAAUAUCUUCGGCAACUAUCUUGCUCGAGAAUGGCUCUUUUCUCUCUCGACAUCCCCAGGCUAUAUCUCCAUUGGCUUGAUUGUGCCUCCAGUCACAACCCUUUGGAUCGUCGUUGGAUGCUUGAUUGGCCAUCACUCUUUCGACAAUGCUCCUGCGUUCCUUCAAUGUCUAUAUGCCAAACUUGCUGGGCCUCACAACAUACUUGAAAAGACAUCUCCGAUCCGACAACGAAGAGGAUACACAGCCUCUGAUCAGAAGUUCAUCAAGGUCUAA